UCGCCGCGUGCGGCCGACCCGAGGUUUCGUCGGCCAUGUUCCUCGGCGGCGGCGGGGAUAUCCUUGACGAGUUCCGGCGGAUGGAGCGCGCCAUGACCCGCGCGCUCGAGCCCCCGAGCGGCGCCGGCCGCGGCCCGCUCGCGCGAACCCAGACGACGACGCGAGCAAACAACGGCGAUUCUCGUCGUUCCCAGUCCGAGGUGCGGUUCAGCAGCAGCAGCUACGCGUACAGCUACCGCGGACCCGGCGGUCCCGACGGCGCGCCGGCGCACUUCGAGUACACCGCCCAGUCACGGGGCGUCGCGGGCCCGCGCGUCGAGACGGUCACCGAGACCAAGAGGUCCUACAAGGACAGCACCGGGCGCGAGAGGCACGGGGUCUCGAGGACGGUGGGCGACCGAGGGCGGCGCGUCACGCGCGAGCGCGACGGCGUCUCGGGCGAGGAGAGAUGCGAGGACAGGCUGCUGGCGACGGAGGACGGCGACGCGUUCGAUCGGGACUGGGCCGCGGCGGCGGCGGCGUCCGAACUCCACGACGAGCGACGCUUCCCAUCCUUAAACGCGUUCGGGGCUGAUGAGUUUCAUUCGCCGCGAACGAUCCAUCCAGGCGGACGUCCAGGAACGCGGGAGGAGCCUCCGCGUCUUCACGCGAGCUUCCGCGAAGAGCCUGACGUGAACAGGCGGCGCGUCGCGUCCGCCGCGAGGGAAACCCACGCGGUUCGCACCCGAAGACUCGCGGAGGAAGCCAGACGCAUGGCGAGCCGACGAUGAGCCGAGAGCGAGCGACGAACCGUUACGGUGAUGAGGGUCGUACGAUACCCCGCUAAUAAUAAAUAAGAUUCGACUAUAGCUCU